AUCUGGAUAUCGUCAGUAAAAAGACACAUUCACCUAUACUACCUACUUCUCAGCGUUCCAAGUUAUGACCCAUUCGAAACCCAUCCUCUACUAUGACAUAGCCUCAGGACCCCCAGUCCGUCCCUUCGCUCCCAACCCAUGGAAAGUGCGAUACGCACUCAACCUAAAACGCGUUCCCUACCACACCGAAUGGGUGGAACUCCCCGACGUCACCACCGUCCGUAAACGUCUCAACGCCGCACCCGUCCGAAAAUUCGCAGACGGGUCCGACUUUCACACACUUCCCGUCAUCCACGACCAAGGACACGAAGUCGUCGUCGGGGAUUCAUUCGAUAUCGCAGUAUAUCUAGACCAGACGUAUCCCGAAUCCGGGGAUAGACUCUUCCCCCAGGCAAGCUCUGGAACAGCGUUAUACGUGGCAUUCAACAAAUUUGUGGACGAUUUUUUCUCGAGGUUUUGUAUAUUGUGCUCUCGUGGUCUUCCAUUCAACCCGGAGACGGCGGACGAGUCGAAGGCGGAAUUUUGUCGAAGGGCUGGUGUGGAGCGGUGGGAGCAGCUUGGGAUUGAAGGAGAGGAGAGGAUAAAGAUGGUUGAAGAAUUCAAGGUUGCGCUCGACGAGCUGGCGAGGGUGUACAAGCACAGGCCGGCCGGAGAAGGGCCGUGGUUGGAGGGUGGAAGCUCGCCGACGUAUGCGGACUUGAUUGUGGGUGGGUGGUUAGCGAUGAUGAAGAAUACGCUGAGCGAAUGGGAGGACAUGAAGACGUGGCAUGAGGGUUUGUGGGGCAGGAUUGAUUCCGAACUUGAGAGAUUCGCGCAGGUUCAUUAGAAUACAUAGACUUUGCAAGAAUUUCUUCGGUUUCCCAAAAGAUAUGUCUAUAGGGUGACAGACACGGUCGACUACUGUGCUCGAUCUGUCAGUGGCCCGGAAAUCCUCUUCGAAAUGUGUCACUUAUACUGGCCUCCAAGCCAAGGCUAGGUACUGCGAUAUUCACGAAGCGGAAGAGAGAGCCGUUUCGAUCAAGUGACAUCGGCCCGGCUCCUCGGGGUUCCCCGCGCACUACCACUAUACAGGAUAUAGACGGAAGUGAACAAGUACAACAACC